CAAUUUCAGGUACGACAGUUCAAACUUGUUUAAACCCUAAACCCAUAGACACUACUUCUUCCAGCCUUUCCUGGGUUCUUCAGAACCUCGUCUACUUUCUUCACUCAAUCAAUCCAUGUAUGCUCAAUUUCCUUUCUUCUCCUCUUUAAGCUAACACUAUGCUAGAAAUGCUAACUCUUGCCUCAAUGUCUAGAUAUGAUAAAGAGACCGCCUUCAUAUUCCUUCCACUUCAAAACCAGAAAGAGAAAAAUCUCAACAUGCAGUGCUGCUGCUUAUCUAGACAUACCACCUCCAACUGCUACACUCCCAAAUGGCCAUAAAACCCUUUGCUUUUCUUUAGCUGAAAACCUCUUUCGCCGCGGCCGAUUAGCUUCUGCACAAGAAAUCAUCCAGAGAAUCGUUACCGAUUCUUCCACAGUCCCUGAUGCAAUUUCCACUGUUGAUUUUGCUGCUAGCCGUGGUAUAAAUCUCAGUGUUGGUAUCUAUGCUGCUUUUGUCAGAAAAUUGGUUGACUUGGGUGAACCCAAUUUUGCUUACACUGUGUACUGUGAGAGUAUAAAUCGAAGUAUUCAGCCUAAUGCUAGUAUUACUAAUUCAAUGAUUAUUUGUUUUGUUAAGUUAGGGAAAUUAGAGGAGGCCAGGUUACUUUUUGACAAGCUUAUUGGGAAUGGCUGUGUGCCUUGUAAUGCUGCUUGUAAUGUGAUUUUGAGAGAACUUUGCGGGCAAGAGAUGUUCUUGGAGGCAUUUGAUUGUUUUGUUAGGAUAAGGGAUGCUAAAAUGCAAUUAGGUAUGUGGUUCUAUAAUGUUUUGAUUGAUGGAUUGUGUAGUAAAGGGUGUGUAGGUGAUGCAAUGGAAGUGUUUAAUUUAAUGCCUAAGAGAACUUCUUUUUUGCCGACUCUGCAUAAUUAUAAGUCACUGUUUUAUGGGCUUUGUAAGAGAGGUUGGGUUGUGGAGGCAGAGUCAAUUUGUGGAAAGAUGGAAGCUCGGGGUUUCUUUGUGGAUAAGGUUAUGUAUACUACAUUAAUGAACGUUUAUAUUAAGGAUAAGAAGAUGAAAAUGGGAGUCAGGAUUUUUUUGAGGAUGCUUAAGAUGGGUUGUUAUCCAGAUACUGUUACUUAUACUGCAUUGAUCCAGGGGAUUGCCAAGAUGGGUUAUUUUGAAAAAGCGUGGAUAUUGUACAAUCAAAUGAAUGAAUCAAGGAUGCUGCCAGAUGCAGUCACUUACCAUGUUAUGAUUAGUAGUUAUUGCAAUGUAGGGAAAGUGGAUUGUGCUAGAAUGCUUUUAAAUAACAUGGCUCAUUGCAAUUUGGUUCCCAGUGUGCACACUUAUACAGCCUUAAUAGCUGCACUGUACAGGAGUAAUGAGGUUGCUGAAAUUGAUGAAUUGUACAAAAGUAUGCUGGGUCAUGGGGUUUUUCCAGAUCAUGUGCUGUUUCUUAUCCUCAUGAAGAAUAGCCGGAGGGGGAAUGAACUUCAACUCUGUUUUUUGAUGUUGCAGGAAAUUUUUAAGAAUUGUUGUGGGUUGGAGGCCUCUUUGCUCUCUGGUUCUAUUAAUAUAAACCCUCUUAUGAAUUUGGAGCAAGAGAUCGAGCUCCUUCUUGAGAAAAUUAUAAGAAGCAACUUGAAUCUAGCUAAAGUGGCAUUUUGUAUAUACAUUACCGCCUUGUGUGAGAGAGGAAAGGCAGGUGCUGCUUUGGCUUGCUUGAGGAAAAUGGUUGAUGUUGGAUGCAUUCCUUCACCUUUCACUUUUAGCUCCUUGAUUAUGUGCUUUUGUCGGAAUGGGCAUUCUGAUUCCAUUAAGUCCUUGAUUGAUAUCAUGCAAGAUUGGGGCAUCGUUCCAGACUCGGCUACUUAUUCAGUAAUGGUAAAUGAAUACUGUCAACAAAAGGAUCUAAAAUCAGCAUUCCUUGUUUUGGAUCAGAUGGAAGAGAAAGGACUGAAACCUAAUGUUGCUAUCUACGACUCCAUCAUUAGUUGUCUAAGCAGAGAAAAGAAAAUGUUUGAAGCCGAAACAUUGUUUCAGAGAAUGCUUAAAGCUGGUGUGCAUCCUGAUGAAACUGUGUAUGUGACAAUGAUCAAUGGUUACUUCAGGAGUGGAAGAAUUUUAGAAGCCCAUCAAUUGUUUGAGAAGAUGAUACAGUAUGCCUUUCCUCCAAGCUUAGAUUCUUAUACUGCACUAAUAAGUGGGUUAGUGAAGAAUAAUGAGAUUGAAAAGGGAUGUGUGUAUCUUGACAGGAUGUUGAGAGAUGGUUUUGUGCCAAAUGCUGUGAUUUAUGCAUCUCUUAUCUGUCAUUUCUUGAGGAAGGGACAUCUUGAGUUCGCCUUUAGGUUAUUUGAUUUGAUGGACAGGAGUCUGAUUGAAAUUGACCUUGUCAUGUACAUUGCCCUAGUCAUUGGUUUUUGUAGAAAUAUUAAUGGUGUCAAGCAAAAAUUGUGCCAGGUAACCGGAGCAUCUGAGAGGAUGAGAGAAAGGUUACUCCAGUUGCUAUGUCAAGGAAAUUUCUUGCCUAAGAAAAACAUUUUAAGAUUUUCUGCUAAUUCUCCUGAAGCAAUGAAAUUUUUUGCAUUUAAGCUUAUGUAUAAAAUUAAAGGAACUAGGUUUAUGCCAAAUUUAUACCUCUACAACGGUAUAAUUGCUGGAUUUUGCUGGGCAGAUAGGAUCAAGGAUGCAUACAUUCAGUUCGAAAAGAUGCAGAGUGAGGGCUUAUGUCCAAAUGAAGUGACUUUUACUAUUCUUAUUGGGGCACACUGCAGAGCAGGUGAAAUUGAUCAUGCUAUAGAGCUGUUUAAUUUAAUGAAUGCAAAUGCGUAUAGUCCUGAUAAAGUUACAUAUAGCACGUUACUGAAAGGUCUUUGCAAGGCUAGUAGAGAGAUAGAUGCAUUGUCUCUCUUUUUUACUAUGCACAAGAGGGGAUUCUUCCCAAACAAGGCUUCGUAUGAAAAUUUAAUCCGAUUAUUUUGUGCUCGUCACCUGAGCAUUCCCGCCUUCAAGUUAUUUGAAGAAAUGCUUGCUCAUAAUUAUCUGCCUCGCCAGUAUACUGCUGAGUGGUUGCUUCACAUCUUACAUGAAGAAGAGAGGCUGCAUGAAUCUCAUAUUGUGUUGGACAUGAUGCAUAACAGAGCCAUAACAAAAUCUGUAGCGGAAACCAACCAAGUGGUAUUGUAUGGACACCCAUUCACUUCUGUAGCCCUGACCAACUUCAGCUAAUCUGAUUGUUAUUCUACAUGUUUAAGACUCUUGUUCGCAAUGGUAAACUUUUUCUAUGUUGGAUGAUGUGGUUGCACCAAAAGUAAGUAGCAUCUAUCCCUUUUGCCAAUAUUAGAUGCAUUGCUUGACUUAAUGAUCUGAAUUCUGUGCUGCCAGCUUUAGACUGUUUUCAAAACGAUAAUCCUUGAGGAGUACAUUUUUGGCAUGUGGGAUUGAGAAAGGUCUAUAUAUCAAGCCCAAUAAAAUGCAUAAUUGCAACUGUCUCUUGAUUGAAUUACAGACUUGGCAUUGAGCAUUGAGGAGGGUAUAGAAGCUUCCCCUUUAAAAACACCUUGACAUUGAUAUUGAAUUUUUGCAAAUGAUGAAUAAACAUGGUGGCAUCUUUCUUGCACUUAUCAAGAGGCCAUGAUAUCCACAGGUUAUAUGAUAGCAUUCCAGAGAGGGGACUAAAUAAGAUCCAUUGGACUCAGGAUGCAAAUGUCUUUCAAAGAAUCUCUUCGACUUUUGCGCAAUCAUCUGGUCCACCAGCAAAGCUAUAGACCUGAAAUGCCAACUGAAACACUCUCCAUAGCAUUUUAACACUUUCUUUCAUUUUUUGAUUGAUUUUACCAAAUUCUUCAUCCCCUUUUGCUCUGUUUGCUUCUCUCCUCUCCUAGAAGAGAAGCUAACAUUAAUACCAUGAGUCAAGUAAUCUGGUCAUUGUCUGACCUAUAGUUUCUUCAAUUCAUUUUGAUAAAAAAACCUAACUGAACUUACCUUUAGUGCUACCUCUAUACAACCAGAGGAAAGAUCUACCAUUGAUUACUUUAUCCUUGUAAUGAUAAGGAAGUCAAAAUCAAUGCCGUAGCUCUUGAACUUUUUGGCUUCUUCAUCCUUAUGUCAUUCAACCGCUUCCAGUUCCAGUUUGACCGUCAUGAGUGUGACAAGUAAGCAGCUUUAAUAUUGUGAAGAGAUGCUCUCUCAUAAAUAUUGUAGGCCUUUAGUUUUCAGCUUUAUAUUUGGACCUAAAUUUACCUUUCUGAAAUAACAAUCAACCUUGUCUAAAAACUUUAAUGAGGGAGGCACUAUCUCCCAUGUCCUCAAGGUGCUGAAUAUCUGUCUAAUUUAAAGUACAGUGUAGCUGCUGUCCUUAAUGUUUUCAGCUUCUUUGUGGGAAAACCUUCAAACUUUGCUAGCACCUGCCACAUCAGAGACUUGAUGAUCAACCGUGUUUAUUACGGUUGAAAUUAUUAAUGGUAACACCUAUUAUUUGUAAUGAAGGUAAUUGAGGAAACUAUGCUUUACUGACCUGUGAUUCAUCAGUUAAGACUCCAAGGACAGCUUCAAAAUUGUUUCGAAAAUUGAGCAGCUUUACCAUGUCAUUUGUUUGAAAGGAAUUGAUGGCUAUUAUCAAAUUUAGGAUUGGGUUUUCAUACUUCUGAACAUCUUCUUCAAUUUGUAGGAAGUAUGGCAAUCUAAAAUACCAUAAAGAGAAGAAAGAAGGAAAAAUAUUACUGUGGUUUCAUGUAUUCCUUGCUGGUGCAGAAUAGUUUCUACAGCAAUAGGUAACAUUGGAAGCAAACCUCUUUGUCAAUUCUGCUAAUGAGGCAGCCAAUCCUUCCUUUCCAUUGCUAGAACCUCCAAGCUGCAUCUUUCUCAUAUUGACCAAUUUAACAGGCAGGAGUUUAGCACCAGGUGGAGGUGGCAGAGGGGGGCCGGGAGCUUUUUUCCAGGAUAGGCCUCUGUCAAUAUACUAGCUUCUUGGUGCAAAUCUUUGUUCAAUACUUCCCCUUCCAGCAUAUCAAACAGUUCUGCUGCUGCCUUAAUCACACAGUCAAGUGUUGCAAAGACUAUAUCAACUACAAUAAAGUGAAGAUUAUAAUGAGCUAAGCAUUAACCAAGAAUGAGGAAUUCCAUUAGAUUGAUAAGAGCCAGAUAUGCCCUGUAAGGCUUCUGGGAACAAUAUUUGGAGAUCCUCCAUUCCAAUCACUGACAACACGAAAAUUUAUGGAUCUCAUCUCUUUUCUCCAUCUUAGCAUAAUUUCUGGUCAAGUGAAAGAACAAGUGUUAUGCUCACCUGUCAAGCCUAGAAGAAUAGCCUUUUUGCGUUUGUAGCACAACAAUGGUCAAUAUCUUCAUUAGCUGAGACCUGAAACUGCAGAGUACAGAAGCAGAGGAAAUAUAUUAUUUCUUGGUAUGUUGAUAUCCAGAGAAGGCAAAGCUGCAAAGUGUUGGGAGUUAAGGAAAGUGGAUUUGUCAAUAAUAUAUAGCAAGUCAAAACAGGACACGACUUGUCAUUUAGAUACGCUGAAGGCUGGGUUUGUGCUACAAGUCAUAUCUCAUAUGACAUAUUCCAAAGUUCUAAUAUCUUGACAUAUUUUAUUAAAUUCAUUUUAAGCAUAGUUACCCAGUUUAUUUGAGUGUUCAAAUUUUGAAUUAUAUCAAUAAAAUAAUUAAGUCUGA